AUGUUGUCAUCGUCCCUUCGGUCUCUCUGCAGCAAAGGCCCCUCAAUUGCCUCCCGCGCAUUCAGCAGUUCCUCCGCGGCUUAUGCUGCCGAGGUUAAAUCAUUGGGAGUAAUUGGAGCAGGUCAAAUGGGCUUGGGGAUCGCUCUUGUUGCUGCACAGAAGGCUCAAGUUCCUGUUACCUUAGUUGACACCUCCCAAGCAUCUCUUGAUAAGGGCCUCAAAUUCGCCGAUAAACUCCUUGAUAAGGAUGUUUCCAAAGAACGUAUUACCCGAGAGGUAGCCGAUACCGUCCGCUCCCGCAUCACAACUAGCCUGAAUAUGGACGACCUUUCUUCCGUGGACUUUGUUAUCGAAGCUGUCCCUGAAAUACCCGAUCUCAAAAGCUCGAUUUUUAAACAGCUUGCUCAAAUUGCACCUAAGCAUGCCAUUCUUGCGACUAACACCUCGUCAAUCUCAAUCACUAAGAUUGCUGCAGCGACGACUACCAACCCGACAGACCUUCAAGCUCCUUCUCGAGUGAUCUCGACGCACUUCAUGAACCCAGUUCCUGUACAGAAGGGGGUUGAGAUUAUUUCUGGCUUGCAAACGUCUAAAGAGACGCUCGACACCGCUAUCGCGUUUGUGCAGCGCAUGGGCAAGAUUGCAUCUGUCUCCGCUGACUCGCCCGGUUUCCUUGCUAACCGUAUACUCAUGCCCUACAUUAACGAGGCAGUCAUCUGUCUUGAGACUGGAAUCGGUUCCCGCGAAGAUAUUGACAAUAUAAUGAAGAAUGGAACCAACGUUCCUAUGGGACCUUUGACUUUGGCCGAUUUCAUUGGGCUUGACACCUGCUUGGCUAUCAUGAACGUUUUGCAUCAGGAGACUGGAGACAGCAAAUACCGGCCAUCCGGGCUUUUGAAGAGAAUGGUCGAUGCUGGUUGGAUGGGCAAGAAAACUGGAAAGGGCUUCUACGAAUACUGA